AUGGAAUCUCCUCAUCGCUCUCCAACUGCCAAUCUGCCCAAUAUUGAUCCGCGGAAUUCAUACACCCUAUUCUCUCUCUAUAUCUCAGAGUCUGAUAUUCAGAAUAUUGCCUGUUCCACCAAUGCCUACGCGGAGAUACAGAUAUCAAGGAAUUCAGCCAUCAAUCCACGGGAAUGGCAGCCAACUACUUCUACAGAAAUCAAGAAGCUAGAGCCUUUAUACUUCAACUUCCAUGCAGCAUGCUGGAAAUACUACAACCCAGGUUCAAAUCUCUCCAUUGAUGAGAUGAUGAUUCGGUUCUUUGGACGGUUCAAAUACACAGUUAAGAUGCCUCAGAAACCAAUCAAGCAGGGAUAUAAGGUCUUUGGACUAGGAGAACAGGGCUUAUCUUUGGACUUUCUCCAUGUCUAA